AGGCACCGUGCUUUUAUUGGUUUCGCUGCUGUGGUGAACCCCAGACGCAGGUAGGUGGUAGUUUUACGGUGGUGUUCAGGCUAUGCGUGGCCGGGCAAAUGCCAGCUCCCGCCCACUCCGUUAUUAAUAGCGCGUCUCCCAUUUCCCCCGGUAGGUCUUGUCUAGACUGUUCUCGUGUUUUUUUUUUUUUGAAUCUCUCGGCUCUAAUUCAAAGUCCUUCGUUUUAAUUCUUCGUUUCUCAGCUCUCGUUCAGCGUUCAUCGCACCAAUCGUUCUUCUUUCUUCUGUUCUCUUGUCUUAAUUAAUAGUCCGAAAAUCUUCUAUUCCCGACAAUAUCAUCAAAAUGGUUGCCCUCCGUACCGUCCUCGCUGCCAGCGUCCUUGCUGUUGCCUCUGCCGACCUUACUAUCGACCCCAACAGCGUUCCCCUCCUUCAGAGAGAGGGAUGGUGUGAAGACCAGCGCAGAACCUGCCCCAUUAUUUGCCAGCAAGUUGAACCGCGCACAACCAAGAUCAACACCUGCGACGCUAAAACCCUCCAGUACGGAUGCCUUUGCGGCAACAACUUGCAGCCCAACGUCUCCGAGUACUCUCUUUCCAUCCCCUACUACGUCUGCCGGGCCUACGUCCAGCAAUGCCAGACUGCCUGCAAGAACAACAACAUUUGCCAGUCCAACUGUGUUGAGCAGCACCCUUGCGGUGCCACCAACCCCACAAGAGUCAACAAGACCGAGAAGCCCGCCGCCAGCCAUACCAGCGACCCUAGCCAGACCUUCUCUGACGUUCCCGGCGCCAACAAGAACGGUGCUGCUGGAGUUCUCGAGACAGCCGGCCGCUCCUACGGCCUUGCUGUCGUCUUCUUCAGCAUGUUUGCUGGCUUCGCCAUGCUCUAAACUUGCAGUGCAGCAGUUGGAUAUCGGGUUUGCUUUUAGCUUGGAAACGGCCAGGCGACGACAGCGAGGAGUGCUAUCAUUUUUUGCGAUCAACUACGGUUUUCUUUUUCAUUCGACCCUUUCAACGUACAUAUAGAUACGUCUGCUAUAUACUGGUAAUACUAAUCUAUUCACCCAAGUGUUUGUAUGGUGUACGCACAAUGUAUGUGACGCUUGUGAAAAGCCUAUUCCUUGUCAGCCAUCGUGACAACUAUCCUAGUGUGCGACUGGCCAGGAAAUUGUAUCACACGCGCAACGAAAGCUGGUGUGAGUCUAUAUGCAGGAUGGCUCACGUGCGGCUUAAAGGUAAACGGCUGCAGCAAACUGUGGCGCAAAGAGAGCUUUUGACGGGCGUUUGUGACUAUUUCGGAUGGUAGCCUUGAAGUAGUAGCUCUUUGUUCCGCCAUAGCUAGAGCUACGCGUAGAGUAUUGACAGUAUAGGCUAGCUACCAACUUGCGACUGAAAUUUAGCGGUGCUUCCUCCACAUGCCAAAAAAAAAAGGCACCAAGCCCAAUAAAUCCAACGCUUUUGCAAGCGUGCAUGCGUUGGUUAGUGCAGCGUUGCAUCCAGCAAUUCCAGCAACAGGAACGAG